UUUCUAAUUAGUAUCUGGCAACACUACACUGGUUGCAAAAAAAUAAGCAAACCAAAUCAAAAUAGAUAACAAUUAUUUCUCGGCGGAAAAAAACAACCCAAAGAAAAACAUACACUAAUUUGAGUGGUUUUAGUUCUUUUAGUUUUCCUUUCAACAAGUUUUGCGUUACCCAAAUCUAUAAAAAAGGAUUUUUCCUGUUAACCGUGUCAUGGAUAUAUUGAAGAAAAUGUUUAAAUUGCAGGAGGCGGAGGCCGGAAAGCAGGAGCAAGACUCAUCUAUUUGCACUUCCAACAAGGAUGAAUUCCGCAAACCACAAUGGUUCGAGGAGGCCGAAACGGAUGAUGAACUUUUUGAUGAUGAUCGGAAAUUUGCUUUCCAAGUGUUUACCAGUCCAUUGGAGAUUCAAAAGCACUUUGAAAGUCAAUUGCAACGCCUAUUGGAAUCCUUGAAUGACAAUGACGAUGGUUUUGAGCGUGACCUUAAAGAGGAUUUCUUGAAGCCUGGUUUUGAAAACAAGAUCCUGAAGGAAUUUGAAAAGCAAAAGGAUUUCUCUCUUGAUACCGAUUUGGAUGGCGAAAUCUAUGCGGACCAAUUAAACUCUCUAAUACAACGUCUAAAUCCUGGGGAGAAGUUUGUGAAUGAUGAGGCCACAGUCGGCAACAUUUUGCCUUCUAAUAGACGUGGCAUGGGAAAAUCGUUGCCUCAGCUAAAGCUAAGCGAAGAGGAGACUAUAAUGGGACGUUUACACGGCACCUUAACGGAUGAGGGCCAAUUGAAGGGCGGUGCUGCACGACGUCCGCCAAUGAUAGGCAAACCAGACAUUAUGCCACCCAUGACUCCAAUGCUGCCGCGUAGUGGCAUGACGCCAUUUGGUGGUGUAUUUGAAGGCAGCUAUCAGGGUCCCAAAAUGUUUAGUCAGAGCGUUAUGAGCAAAACUGUGCGUAAGCCAGAUGGCAGCUAUGAGACAACCAAAGUGACUCAGGACUCAUCUGGUAAUAAGACAACCACUGUGACUCGCAUGAAAGACGGACGUCAAGAGACCACGGUGACCCAUCAUGAUGAAGGGGGAAAGGCUAGAGAGCCACCUCUGGGCAAAUUACCCUUAAAUCGUUCCAUGUCCGUGUGGGAUCAACGUCAGGUGUUUGCCAGUCGCAACAUAGUUGUGACAAAAGAAGGCUACGCCAUGCCCCGUAACCUCUGGUGACCAGUGGUGAACCCAUCUAGCCCCAAACAAGAUAAACGAUCCCCACAACUAAAACUACAACAACAACAAAAGCAGCAGCAGCAGUAUGAAGAACAGCGGUUCGUCGGCAUUAUAAUAGUCCCAUAUACAACACAUCCACACCACAUCCAAAUUAGAACUUACUACAUUUUAGUUUACAUUCUCCCAAGUGUUUGGUGUUUUAGAUGAAACGCAAUUGAGACAAACAGAUGACGACGAUAUUUAUUGACCAUGAUUAUUUGAAGCCACAAUUAUUUGACUCGCUAAGAGUUGAGCGAUUGUGUGUCUAUUGUGUGAGGACGUCCAUGUCCACGUCCUCCACUUUCAGUUCCCAGAGAUAGAGAGAAAGCGAGAGUGUGAGCGAGCAUGCAAGUGAUUCCGUUCCGUUUUCUGCACUGGCCCUCGGCCCAAUUAAGGCCAAAUACUUGGUAAGUCGGUAAAACGGCAGCGGCAGUGGCAGAAGCAGCAGCAUCAGCAAUCAGCGAUAGCAGCAUACUCAUCGAUGUGAACAUAAUUGAUUUGUUUCUCAUUUCGGUUUUGCCUUUGACACUCCUUCUGCUUCUCCACCUUCUAGAGGAUUCGACUUGAGGAACUCGAGGCUAAUGCCAGGAAAAAGAAAAACAAAAAUGUUGGCGGAAAUUUUCAGUUUUUUUUAUAUAAAACAAAUUUUUUAUAUACUACAUAUAUAUAAAAACUUAUUCUUCGUGGUACUAUCUGUGUCUCAAUGUAGAGAAAGAGCGAUCGAGCGUCAGCAUCUAAAGUGCCCGUAGUAAUCUAGCAUACUCGAAAACAACAACAACAACAACAAAAUCAAGACAAAAAUGAUCAUUAAAAUAUGUUUUAAACUAAGGUUUAUAUAUGCAUCUGCAUUAUCCAUUUAUCAGUUGCAUAAUCCUUGCAAUACUUUAUCAUUUAUUUUAUUUAAUAUAUAUGCUUAUUAAUUAUUAUCUAUAUGCAAUAUAUAUUUUAACACACAUAUGUCUUAUCCACCCAGCCAUGUAUAUAAUCUUAUGCAUAUAUAUAUGGUGAAUUUUUCACACUAAAUUCUAACCUUAAGUUCAGGUUAUCGAUUCGACAUAUUAUUAUUCUUAUUAUUGUAAUUUUUACUAAUUUGUAAUAAUUUAAAAUUAACUUCAAUUCAUUUAAAAAUGAUUCUUUUAACAUAGAAACACAAUGCAAAAGUUGCAAAACACAAAAAAGUAAAGCAAAAACUAAGAAAAAACAAACAAUACAUGUAUUAGAAUUAUCAUUCAUACGAAAAAGGAAGAAUUCAAGCAAAUUAAAGUGUUGUGCAAUAUAAAA